AUGACAGUUUCAAAGGCGACAAAGCUGUUCACUCCGACCAAGGUCGGCGCCGUCAACUUGCAGCACCGAGUUGUUCUGGCGCCGCUGACACGAAGGCGUGCAGAUGCUGCAACGGCUGUACCAGCUGAUUGGGCGGCUGAGUACUACGCUCAGCGAUCUUCACCUGGUGGGUUGCUUGUCUCUGAAGGGACCUUUAUCGCUGAAGAAGCGGGGGGCCUUCCCAACGUUCCAGGAAUCUACUCCAAGGAGCAGAUAGCAGCUUGGAAAGAUAUCACGGACGCAGUUCAUGCCAAGGGAGGUAUCAUCUUCUGUCAAAUCUGGGCUCUCGGAAGGGCCGCAAAGCCAAAUGUUGUAUCGACUGUUUGGAGCGCUGGUUCAACGCCCCUUGUUCCGGAGGGUGCUGAGUCAAGUGAUCCGCCUCCCAACUUCAAGGUUUUGAGCGAGUCUGAUAUCGAUCGAUUUGUUGGACACUACCGACAGGCUGCCCUCAACGCAAUCGAGGCUGGCUUUGACGGAGUUGAGAUCCACGGUGCCAACGGAUAUCUCGUUGACCAGUUUGUAAGUAAUCCCCUGCCCCCUGAAACAACAGACCUGACACUUUCACAGCUUCAGUCGAACUCCAACGAUCGUACAGAUUCGUACGGAGGUAGUCUUGAGAACCGCCUCCGCUUCCCACUGAGGGUUCUCAAUGCCGUCAGUGAUGCCAUCGGCCCCGAACGUGUCGGCAUCCGAAUGUCGCCCUUCUCCCGCUUCCAGGGUAUGCGUGAGGCCGACCCCCUGGCCCUCUUCGUCCCCUGGGCCAAGGCCAUCGUCAAAGCUCAGCCAUCUCUGGCGUUUGUCCACGCCGUGGAGCCACGAGCCAACGGAUCGCAGGAUACACCUGAGCACCUGCGAAGUGCAGAGGACACAUUGGCGCCCAUCCGCGAGGUUCUUAACAGUGCCGGAGUCAAGCUCAUUGUUGCCGGAGGAUUCCUGCCCGAGACGGCCAUCAAGCAUGCGAGCGAAACGGAUGAUCUCGUGGCCUUUGGGAGAUACUUUAUUCCGAACCCCGAUCUCCCAGCACGAAUCGAGAACGGAUGGCCACUGGCAAAGUAUGACCGGUCGCUCUUUUACACCCAGAAUGAAGUGGGAUACACCGAUUAUCCCCCAUACAACGACAAUGAAUCUAGACUUUGA